AUGAUUGAAAAGCCAAGAACCAGCGGUGACUCUUCACAACAACAGCCACUGUUCAACCACAUUCCCCAUUCCUACCGACUCCACUUUGCUUAUUUUUCCAAUGUCAGCUCCAGUCAAAAGGACAUUUCCUCCUCAUGUAUGGAUUCAUCUCCUCCUCCCAAACAUGAAUCCCAUCACUAUUCCACACUCGUUCUUGCAUCCUCUUCCCAUACAACAACAACAACAACAACAUUGAAUUCUGUCACGUCAUCUGUUCAUUCUCCACAACAACAAUCAUCCUAUGAAUCUAUUUCUUCUUCUUGGAUGAUGACAUCUUCUCCGUCUUCCGCCAAUUUCCUCCUCUCUUCAAAAUUAAAUCCCAAAUUAAUUCCCUAUAAAUCCUUUCAUAUUGAGGAUCGAAAGGAGUUGAAUCAUUCAUUGAAUCAUUCACUCGUAGAUGAUGCUUCUACAACGAAUAGUACAACUCUAAAUUCUAAUCAUCAUGGUGGUGAUGAUGGAAAUGGUCUCUCACUCUAUGAAUACACACUUCAUUCCAUCACUCAUAGGAUGAGUCAUCAUUCACAACAACAACAACAACAACAACAUUCACAACAACAUCAACACCAUUCAGAUAUCGCUGCCACAUCUACUUUCAAACAACAUUUCAGCAAUAAUACCAUUCCAUCAAUCUCUCCAACAACAAUAGCUUCACAUCAUCAUGGAACGACACCAUCAUCACUUCACACCACAUCCACUACAACACCAAUGACUCCUCCUCCUCCUCCUCAUUAUUUGAGUCAUCAUUAUUCAGUGUCACCUGUGCAAUCACCUGCCUCUGAAUCACAUUUGAAUACGAGUACUUCAUUUUCAGAUUUUGAAGAUUUGGUUUUAAUGCAAAAGAGAAAUGAAGAAAUAUUGGAUGAUGACCUGAUGGAGGAUGAUGAGGAUUUGACAUCUGACAGUGAAGAUGAAGAUAAUAUCGAGUAUUGUGUUGCAAGAUAUAUUCAUUUUGGUGAAAAUUCUGAAACAUUGAUUCAAUCUGUUUUGAAUAAUGAAGGAGAGUUGAAAAAGAAGUUCGUUGAAUUGCUUUCACUUUCCUAUCAUGUCAAUAUCGCUCAACUCUAUGACUUGUAUUUGGUGGUAGAUGAAAGUUCAAAUCCAUUCAAAAUUACUGGUCUACUCUAUACGAUGGAAUAUAUACCAUCGAGUAUCAAAUUAACAGAAUUACUUUUGAGUCCUACUGUCAGUACUUCAACCAAUUCUACUAUUGCUUCAACUGUCAGUACUUCAACUCAACAAUCAUCUUGUCAAAAGAGUGUAAUGCAUUCAAUGAAUCAUACUUUUAUGGAAAAUGCAUGUGUGACACCAGAUUGUGCAGUUCACAUAUUUAAUCAAUUCUUAGAAGUCUUGAUGAUGUUUCACUCUAAAAACAAGGUCUUUCCAAACAAGUUCAUGACAAGUCAUUUAUUAGAAAAUAACAUGUUCAUCAGAGGAAAUGUGUCCAGUGAAUUACAAAAACAUGUUGGAAUUUAUUUGAAUGUUGAAAGUUAUUUAUUGUCAAUAUUGAAUCAAAGUGUUGUUGUUGUUGAACAAGACAUUGAAUCUGGCAAGAUGGAAAAUAUAUGGAAUGCAGGCUAUUUACUUUUCAAACUCAUUGUUCAAAAAGAUUGUCCCAAGUUAACGAUGGGUUCGAUCGAUGAAGAAAAAACAAAUUCCAUUCUUGAAGAGAAUUGCAGUGAUCGAAGAAUUGUGUCACUUGUCAUGAAUAUUUUAACCAAUGACACCAGUAAGAGACCACAAAGUGUGUCAGAAAUUCUCUAUUCACCAUGGUUGUUACGAUUUAAAAAAUUUAGAUUGUUCACAGACAUGAAACAACGACAACAACUCAUUGAAUCCAUGAAUCAUCAAAUUCAAUUCCAUGAACGAAUGAAAACAACAAUGAAUCAGUUAUUGACUCCACUUUUGUCAUCAAGACAUUUGACAGCAGAUCAUCAGGAGAAUGAGACUGGAAAUGUCGUGAAUGGUGGCCUCAACAUUACGGCAACAACGACAGCAUUGACAAAUUUAGACUCGAAUCGAAUCAUGAAUGGAAGUGCUUCUGCUGCUCGUCAUCCAAGAAAAGGAACUUUGACUGCUGUGAAUCAAAAGAAGAGAAUGAGUUUGAAAUUGUACUAUUCAACUGUAUCUGCUGAAUUGAAUCAGCAUCAACAUGAAGAAGCUCAUCAAACGAGAAAUGGUGCUGCAAGUCCUACCUCAUCGCCUCUCACUCGAAAGAAUUCAUCAAAAUCCAAUUUGAUGGUUGGCAUGUUUAAACAUCAAAAAUCAAAAACAGAAGUGUCAAAACCAUCUCGUGAUCCAAAAGAGAAUGUUAAUGUUGAUGAAUAUUAUCAAUUGAUGUUAAAGCAACAGAAACAAAGCUUUAAAUUUGACACCAGUGUUAAGCAUAACUACUUUGGAGUGACCAAUAAUCAAAAGACGGUUACAUUGCUUCAAAACAAGAUGUUUGGAUCGGAUUACUACACGAUUCGCUGUGAACAAAAGAUCACUCCACUAAAUAACGAAAUUCAAAUCAAAAUUGACAAGGUGAACGCCGACAAUGAAAUUGUUGUUGGGAUAAUUUCAAAAGACUACGACCACAAAAUUUCAACCAGAAGUGGAAUUUUAGGCAGUAAAAAGCUGCCCAAUUCUUACGGCCUCAAUUUUGUUUCUGGUCAGGUAGGCCACAACGAUCAAUGGAACAAGUUUGCCAAAAGUAAGCUGCUAAGAGAUAAGGCGAUCGUGGUUCUAAACUUCAAUUUCGAUAAGAGAAGUUUGAAUGUCAAAAUGAUUCUAGAUGAUGCCAUCUCUGAUUUAGGCACAUGUUUUGAUGAUAGUAUUGACAUCAAGAUUGAAUGGUAUUUUGCUGUUUCCCUUUACCGAGAAAAGACUGCCCUCACGAUUGUAUAA